AUGAAAUAUUCGAAUAAAAAAUUGACGAGGCGCGAUCUCCAAACCAUUCUUUACGAUUAUGUUUUCACAGCUUUGUUCUACCAACGAUUUCUUGUUUCUCACACUAAAGCUACCAACGAUUUCCUGAGAAACCUCUGCGUUAUCUACAAUAAAACAAUUCAAAUCAACCAAAUCAAGUGGUCAAGUUAUCAUGAGUCAACUACACAACCCAAGAAAAUUGCUAGGGAUAAAAGACCUUGUGCAUUUUGUAACAAGGACCAUUGGGAUAACGAAUGCUCCACGUAUCCCACACUCCAACAGAGAAUGGAAUAUCUAAGAAAAAAUAACGCAUGUCUUAAUUGCUUUCGAACGGGGCACGCAACAAAUAAUUGUAACAAAAAGAAACGCUCAUGUUUUCAUUGCAAGAAUCCUCACAACACUGCGCUGUGUUAUAUGAAAUAUGGUAUGCAAACUGCCGAAUCAAAGAACUUAGCAAACGUAAUUAAUUCAAUAGCUCAAUCAAUACAUCAACAAGGUCAGGAAAUUUUGCUUUUAUGUAAAGAAAUUGAAAUAGUCAAUCCGAUCAUGCCAGAAAAUCAUGAAAAAAUCUUAGUAUUAUUUGAUAUAGGAUCACAGUCAUCCUUUAUAUCGACAAAAUUAGCAAACCGAUUAAGACUACCUGACGGACAAACUAAAGAUUUACCGCACAUAAUAAGUCUAGAACAACUAGACCACGGAGGAGAUUGGAAAAGACCCGACAUACUUAUUGGAGCCGACUACUUCUUUGACUUUAUGUCACCAUAUGAAUUCUACAAGACGUCAUCAGGGUUCUACUUACUGGAAUUGGAUACAUUAACAACUAUUGUAGUAGUAAGACUUCAGACAGAAUAG